AUGACUGCAAGAAUCCCAGAGAUUUCUUCUGUAACUACUCUGGAUGAACAGCAGAUUGAUUAUUAUGACAGUGACACAGGGACACCGAUUCCCAGACAGGACUGGAUAAAGAAGUUUGGAGACAGAUUUAAAAAAUAUAUUGAGAUCAGAGAACGAGUUCAGCAGAUCAACAAAAUCGACAUUGCUGUUCUAAUGCAACAGUUCAAUCAGUCACAUGGUGUUCAUACAUAUCAGAGGAUGUAUGGAUGUGAUUGGGAUGAUGACACUGGAGGCUCACAUGUGUUUGAUGAGCACGGUUAUGAUGGAGAGGAUUUCAUCUCACUAGAUGUGAAGGAGCUCACAUACACUGCACAUGUACCACAGGCAAAACCCACAGUGCUCAAGUGGAACAAUGACAGAAAACAGCUUGAUUUUCUGAAAAACUAUGAUCCUGAGUGCAUUUACUGGCUGAGAGUGUUCUUAGAUUUCUCUAAAACUGCUUUUAAUAAAACAGAGCCUCCUAUGGUGUCCCUGCUGAAGAAAAACCAAGACUAUUAUGUGUUGUGUCACGUCACAGGGUUUCACUUCAGAGAAACAAACAUCUUGUGGAGGACAAAUGGACUAAAAAAUUUUAGUAAAUUGGUGGAAUAUAGAGAGAUGCUACCAAAUGGGGAUGGGACCUUCCAGAGGACUGUUGCCCUCAAGUUCCUUCCAGACGACUGGAAGACAAACCAGUACGCUUGUGUGGUGGAACACGAAAGUUUGACUGAGCCAAUCCAAAAGAAUCUAACUGUGGAUGACAUCAAGAGUAACGGGAAACGGAUCACAUAUUUCACACCUCCCCCUGCAUCUCCUCCAGAUAAUGGGAGUGAGGAGCACCUCAUGUGGAAAACAGCCAACGGCGGCUCGGAUUCACCCUCAGGACAAAAACGCUGCGUGACAGGUGUCAGCGAACCUGAAGCCAACAAAAACCACAGCGACGGCCAACUCGCGCGUCAGUUUCCACAGCUAAACCGCAGCGAGACGAGCGAGCAGAUGGAAGAGUCCUGA